ACAAGCGGCGCGCAAGGCAGGACCGGCCAUGCUUGCGUUCUGGAGUUUCGUGUUUUGUGUUUAUGUUGCCUUUUUGUACUAGAUUCUAGAUAUAGAUCUUGUACUUGUCUAGAUGCCAACUUUUGGUGGAGCUGGAGACGACAGGUCAUGAAAUAGCGUGGCCUUUUGAUAUAAGUCUUUAUCAAGCCCCCUUCUUUGUCUGCAGGGCUGUUCAGUCAGACAGACUCAGCCUGCCUUCGAUUCUCGACGUCCUGCCUGAGUCUCGACACACCGGCCGAACGAUCAUUUAAAAUGAGAGAGUAUGGAUGUGAAAGUCUGCAGGAUGGAGGCCAAGCACAAGAUGAGCGGAGAUCAAUGCCUGCAGCGAACAACACUAGUGGCCCAAAUGAGCAGAACUGCACAGGGCUGCAUAAUGGACAUGCUGCUGACCAAAACGCUGCUCUUCAUGCACGGCGUAGGAGACGGAGGUCUCAGCACGUUGCACAUUCCACAACAGCUUCUUGUGAAAAAGCUCGUCAACAAGCGCCUGCGGGUACAACACGUAAGCGCAUGGCAUCCGCGUGUAAAAGAAAGCAAAAUUGUCAUGACUCGGACUCUGUGACUCCUGUAAAGCGGGAGAAAGCUGUUACGUCUCAAUCCGCUCCCUGUCACUCAUCAACCUCGUCAAGUCAGAGCCACCACUCUCUUCGCAGCCGGAGUAAAAAAUUGGGGGGAAAUCCAAAUUCAUCUUCUUGCCUUGAUGUACCAGCGGAAAGUCUUAUUGAGGCUGUGGAAGCUGGGCAGUCUACGAGAGUGGCUGAGAUGUUGAAGACUUCUAGCGAGUCUUUUUCCUCUGUUUUAGGUGUCGCCCUGCUCAAAGCUGUGGCUCGGGGUGAAUUGUCUAUGGUGCAGCAACUCAUUCAUCAUGGUGCAGAUGUUUCUGAGACACUUGGUGGAAAAAAUUGCUGUCAUAUUGCAGUGGAAAGGGGAUAUGUUGAUAUUGUGGAGUUUCUUCUGGAGUUCUUAUCAAGGAGUGAGAGUGGAAGAUGUGUUGCAAAUGCCCCAGACAAAAGUGGCAACACCGCACUUUUGCUUUGUCAGAGCGCAACUAACGCAGAUAGUCUCACCAAGCUUUUUCUGUCUCAUGGAAUAGAGAUCGAUGCUCAAAAUCAUGAAGGAAAGGCAUCUUUGAUGGAGGCCGUACAAUAUAAAAACAUUAGCGCUACGUGGCAGUUGUUGCAGGCCGGGGCCAAUGUAGAGCUGACAGACAUGAGGGGGGAUACUGCCAUGUCCUUGGCAUCUGCUCUGGGUAUGGAUGGUUUGGUGGAGGCUCUAGGCAAAGAUGCUGGGGAUCAAGGCCUAACCCCAAUAAUGAAAGCAGUAGUGGCCAAGAAUACUGAUCUUUUAGCAUUGUUGCUUUUUUCGAGACAGUUUGACGUAAAUGAGACAGUUAAAAUCCCAUGUUUUGAAACUAAAUUGUGGCAACCCACUGACACUGCCCUCACUAUGUUUUUGAACUCGAAACUUGAAACAUUACUGGGACCCGUAACUUGGAGAGUAGAAAAUGAAAAAAAUCUACUGAACUUCAAGUCGUCUUUUUCUUUGAAAGAGCUGGAACUUGUUGCUUUGCUUGUGAAAGCUGGGGCACAAAUCCAUAGUCCUGGGGCCCAGAACCGCUUUUUGAGAUAUGAUAGUCCUUUUCUGAUGGCAGUGAAACUUGGAAAUGUUAAGCUCCUCAAUGUUUUGAUGAAAAAUCAAAGAUGGGUCCGUAAUAAGCUCUGUCAUAAUCAUUAUGAUUAUGCCUCAGCUCUGGAAUAUGCUGCCAAGAAUAGUCUUUGUGAUAUUGUUGAUGCCUUAGCUCCUGGUAUUGAAUUUUUGGAUGAGCUGCUUAACCUUAAAUACCAAUGGAGAUCUUAUCGCUUUCAGUCUUCUUUGAAUAUUGCUAUGAAGGUUGCCAAUGAAAAAUGUGUGCAUAGACUUUUAAAGCUUUUCAAAAGUCUUGAUGUCGACCGGACCAUGACUGCUGCAGUUGAGACGGGUCGGUACCAUGUGUAUAAAAUGAUACGGUAUGCUUUCCGCGAAAAGUUUGAUCAGCUAGUGUCUCGUGAAGCAGGGACUAAAUGGCUGUGUUUCGCAUGCUACAGCAACAACUAUUCAAUUGUAGAAAGUCUUCUUAAGGCAGGAGCUGAUGCCUCUGGCAAAGAUACCUUUCGACAACCACUAAAGUACGCCAUGUCUGCAAAGAUGACAGAAUUGCUCUUACGAUAUGGUGCAAGUGUGAACAAGCUUUGUUAUUCCACCAUCAAUGGUAUCACUUCAAGCUCGGCUUUGGAACAGGCUGUGAUUUUAAAUGCCAUUGAUACAGUCAAAGUUUUGAUGAAGUAUGGUGCCGCAUUAGACUUCUACGUUCUCAUUCAUGCUCUUGAAAGUCCCACUUGUCAUGGUACAAUUCGAAACUUGCUGCUGAGCUAUGAUAUUGAUUCUUCAUUUUUGAAUAAGGAAGGCACUGCUUACAAAUCAUUGCUUUCAAUAGUUGCAGGUAUUGGUGAUUUGGAGUCUGUUCAGACUCUUUUGAAAAAAGGUGCAAAUGUAAAUUUGAGUGGUUGGCGUCAUUCCCCUCCUGCCCUUCAUUCAGCGGUUGAGAGAAGUAAUGUUGAAAUAGUCCGUUGUUUACUUGAUCACGGUGCAGAUGUAAACAUUAAAGGUUACAAUGAUGAAACUGCUCUGAUUUUGGCUGCCAAGACAGAUGAUGGGACUAUUAUUUCCUUGCUUGUUGAAAAAGGCGCACGGCUUAAUGUUACAAACAGUAACAGUCGCUCAGCCUUAAUGACAGCAGCCGCAUUUCAGAACUUUGCUGCUUUCCAGUGUUUAAUCAAUGCAGGUGUUGACUUGGAUGUCAAAUGCAGCAAUGGUGAAACUAUAUUGUCCAAGCUUCUUUGCAGAAGAUCAUUUUCAACAUGUGGAAAGUUUAUUGUAUGUCUUGUCAGGCAUGGAGCUAAGAUUUUAUCCAGGGAAAUGUUGUUAGCUGUUCACAACAGCAUCGCCACGGGAAAUUUCCAAGUGCUGUCUGCUCUGAUACACUGUGGGGGUUUCAGUCCAACUGUGUUCGAUGACCGCUUUGCAGUUGAUAGCUCCCCUUUUUGUGCUGCAAGGUGCUAUCUGGUAUCUGAUUUUAAUGGUGUCUUUUCUCCCUUCUGUAUGGCGUUAGUGUGUGGACAUGAAGCUGUUGCCAGAGACAUGCUGAGAGCCUUUUAUUUGACAACUUCCGACUUGACUCAGUUACCGAGACACUUUAAGGUCCGAGAGCUCCUGAGACGCAGAGGGUUUAACGAAAGUCUGGCGAUUCUAGACAAGAUGUCGUCUUCACCGCCAUCUCUUCAGCAACUUUGUUUUGCUCGUGUCUCUGAUCUGUGUGGGUCUGAGCCAGGUCGCAAGGAAAGAGUGAAUCAACUUGAGCUUCCAGUUCUUCUACGGGAAAGUCUCAUGUUUACUUGCAGUGAUCAGUUGGUUGCGGGAAGGUGCUGCCUGUCAAGAAACUCGCAUGAGGCGGACUCUGAUAAUUCUGGUGAUACAAGACCUGAAACACGGGAUCGUUAUAUCUUGUACUAGCAUUCUGAAUGAUGUACUCAAUUCAUUUUGUCACUGAUAUCCAGUGUCUCCCCUGUUCUGUGUCAGUCUAUAAUCUUUAUUUAUAUAUAUAAUAUUUAUAUUUCUUCUCCAUAAUAGUGAAACAUUUUCAUGCUAACUUUUUAUUACUCUCCUUAUAAGUUUUUGUUAAAAACAGGCCUCAAUUUCAAUUUCUGGAGUAGGCAGUUGGUGUCUUUCAACUCCACAUUCAAUAUGCAAUACGGCACGCAUGUUGAAAACUUUUUGGCAAGGAAAGAGCUAAAUAUGGCAGCCAAUGAAAGUAGUUUAUGGGGUGAAUUAGACUAAUUCGUUUUGUGCACCCGUAAUGAUGCAAUAGAUAGUAUACAGAAUUUCUAAUUUUGUAGCAUAAUUAUCAUUUAUGUACUGACCAUAGUGAACAUGAUUUUAUUUUGAUAGUACACAGAGUAAAACGAUUUUUGACAUUUUUAUUUAAUGAUCUUAGUGAACACAAUUUUUUAGUAAUAGUGAUUGUACAGGACAUAUAUAUUCUAAUUUUGUAACGUUUUUAUGUAUUGACUAUAUGCCUUAGUAAGUAGUGAACAUAGAUUUUAUCAUGAUAGUAUUUUGAUAGUAUGACACAGAUUUCUAAUUUUUUAACAUUAAUGAUUAUCAGACCUGCCAAGUAUUCUGAUAAAAUCGGAGCCCUUAGAUUUUUAUUUUGGCUGUCAAAGAACUGGGAUCAGGUUUGCAUAAAAUCUGAUAAAUUUUUUUUCUCUAGAAUUCCGUUUUCAUUGAUAGUAUGUGACUUAUGAUAAAAAUGAUGUGAAAAUACAGUUAUCAGGCGCAUUUUAAUUUUUUUUCAACAGUAUUUGUACAACUUGUCAGAAUUGACAUGAAAAUACAGAUUUUUUUCCCUUUUUAUACAUAGUCGGUUUGAUAAGUAUCCACUGUCUACUGUGUUUCUGGAGACUCCGAUAUUUGGGAGGAUUUUCAGGAAAAUUCUAAUUUUUAGUUAUGAAGUGGUUGGCAGGUCUGUGUUGUGCCAUGGUGAGCAUGAUUUUAUACUCAACUCAAGCAGUGUCAAGACGAGGUAGAAACAAUUCUCAUCAUACAAAUUAUUUGAUGUUUACUUACAUGUGCACAAAUUAUCAUGUAAAAAUGUACUGAGAGUCGACAGUUGUUAGGUGUAGUCUUGAGCUGUUUGAGCCAGUCGUAUUCCAAUUUUGUUACUCUAUGGCAAACAAAGCAAUAGUGAAAAGGCUUGUUAGCUCACCUAUUCUGUGGGUGCAUUUAGUUUGACUUUCUUCCAUAUAAUGGAUAAUUACACGGCUCUAAGACGGGCUAGGCAUAGCCCUUGUAGAUCCAAUGUUAUUUUCAUUAUGAUCAGAACCAAAAUGGUCCUUACAUGUCUUGUUCUGGAGUCCAGAUCUGUGUUAAAAAGUUGAAAGUUGUUGCUGAGGUCAGCAUUUUCAGACUACUGAAGCCAUAAUGUAGAGACUUGACCGGUCAUUCAUAAGGCUCAAUAAUGAAGUACAAGAUUUCACCUUUCUUUGGCAUUGCCUACAGCAAUAAAUGACUACUCAAUGACUGUACAGUUACCUUUUCUAUAAUUCAUUUUUAUGCAAUGCUGAUUCUUAUAAAUAACAUUCUAUUUUAGCUAUACUGCAUUGUUUUUAGCUAAAUAAGAGCUUUUUAUUCUUUAUAAGGAAUUUGAACAGAAUAGUGGAUAGUGAAUUUCUUGUUAAAACUACCGCAAGGGAAACUGGAGGCGACAAAUUUUGGUGGCGCCUUUUUUUUCUGUACUUUUCUUACCGUUAUAGGCUUAGGCUAGCUAUAGGGGCAUUAGAGUCACCAGUUUUUUCUCAAAUUGCUGUUAAACAUGUCAUCUCACGUUUAAUUCUGUUAUAUUACCCAUACUAGUUAUUCAAAGCUAGCCAUUCCUCGUGUACCUACCAUUUUCAUACUGAUUAUGGGGAUUUUUUUUUUUCAUGUCUAAUGAGAUGCAGUGGGGCCGUACAAAUAUUGUGAGCAAGGUCUUCAUCUCUAACACUUUACUUCCUACUUCUUGUCAUUAUUGUACUUUCUUUGUCAAAUGGAUGUAUUCAUUUUGUUGUUAUUUUUACUUAAGGCACACUAUAUAUAUAUACAUCGUCAUGCUCAUUCAAUCAUUUUCCUGGUCUUUUUUUUUUGUUUUGAGAAAAAUAACAAAAUCAGUUGCACUAAUAACGAAAGACACGACACAGUUUUUUAAAAACAUUAAAAAAAAUUAUUUGUUGUUUAUAUUAAAAUUCAAAGUUUCAAACAAAUUUUGACAGAAAUCUGGGGAACAAAUAAGAUACAGUCAAACCUGCCAUGAUGGCCACUUUCCCUUUCGUUUUUUCUAUUUAAGUGUGUAAAAUGGUCACAUGUCCAAUGCUACUUAAUUUUAUCAACCCAGAGCCAAAUAUUUUUGCCUGAGACGGCCAGGGGUGGUUUCAACUCGCCUGAUGCUUUGUCAUAAAUUUUUAUUUGGCCUCUGGCGCUGUAGACAGGCCGUCAUAAUCCAUUCACCUGUCAUUAUUGUUAGUCCCUCCAAUGAAUGUUUACCCAAGUUGACCAUACAAUAAAUUUUCGACUGCUGGUGAGAAAGGCAUGUGAUUGUGAUAUGCCAUAACCUAUAAACUCACCCACCACUCGUACACUAAGACUAACCGUACGUGAAGUGAAUCGUUACUGUUUUGUUUACCCAAUCUGUAUCUGUAUCAAAUUAAGUAACAAUGGCCGUUAAUGUGAACUUGCGACAGAAGCGUCACUUGUUCUCCUCGUGGUGGCAACCCAGUGUUUGUUUUACCAUGGCAGCAUGGCAUUCAGUCUUCAUCGUCUCACAUUCUUUAUUUUUUCCUUGGGCAAAGUCAGCAUCAAAGGAGCUGUGCAAAAAUUAACAACCAAGAAAAAAAACAACAGAAAAACCCCUUCCCCCCCCCCCCCA